GUGUAUAUAUUUCGCUAAUCUUUGCCCGCUGUCGUGUCGUUGUUGGUCGAUCAGCUUGCGUUGUUGUUGAAUUGCCUAUCGUGGAAGUAAAAGUGAUUUUGUUCAUUUAAUUUGUAGUCCCCAUUUGGUGUUAGCCCGAAAAUUAGUUAAAAAAAAGCAUUUACCACUUCACCGUUACAACACGAUUCUUGAAACAAGUUGAAAAGUUUAGUAUAUAUCCAAACUUAAGGAAAAUGUCCAAUUCCACUGCUAACAACCCAAAUGCCAUCACGCAACAGAAGUUGGACAAAUGGCGUAAGGACUUUUACAGCGAACCGAAGAACAUUCUUGCACAGAAUGUCUGCUCGCGUGUGGACCCAUUUGAUGUUUGCUUGUCGCGCAAAUCGCUCGAAAACACCAAUCAUGUAUUUACUUAUAAGGUGGAAAGCGAGGGAAAACCCGUUACUAAUCAAAAAAGUUCCGGCCGUUGUUGGCUUUUUGCUGCGCUCAACUGCAUACGCCUGCCAUUUAUGAAGAGUUUAAAUAUGGAUGAAUUUGAAUUUUCUCAGGGCUACCUAUUCUAUUGGGAUAAAAUUGAGCGUUGCAAUUACUUCCUCAAUAAUAUUGUAAAGACAGCGAAACGCAAUGAGGUCGUGGAUGGGCGCUUGGUGUCAUUCCUAUUAAACGACCCAACAUCCGAUGGCGGCCAAUGGGAUAUGUUAGUUAAUUUAAUUACCAAACAUGGUUUAAUGCCAAAGAAAUGUUUCCCAGAGACUUACAGUUGUGAGGCGAGCAUGCGCAUGAAUGCCAUAUUGAAAAGCAAGCUGCGUGAAUAUGCUAAAGUAUUACGUGAUCUUUUGGAUAAAUCACCUACCGACGACGAGGUUUCGCAAAAGAUUGAUGAAAUGAUGGGUAGUAUCUAUAAGAUAGUUGGCAUCUGCUUGGGCAUUCCCUCCGAA